AUGGGGAAGCGGCCACGGAAGCAUAGUACGAGAGCGAUUGGCCCUGAUCCCGGGCAUGUGCAAGGCCUGCUGGAGCAUCACGAAGAGCAUGCUGUGUGGGAUGAAGAGUCGACGCCGCAGCGCGUGGAUAGCAUGGGCAAUGCACACGUCGCUCUGGGGACCGAUAGUAGCGUCGUUGCCGCUCCCGCUGCCGUACAAGAAACUCGCAGCACAAAGGACGCAGCGCAGAACUCCACCGGCGCCAACAAAACGCAUCUCGCUGCGCGCACCGCUGCCGCGCCCGCCGUUGCACGCCCUCUUGAAGCACCGGAGGAAGACGACUCCGACGAAGAGGACAAUACGACACGCAAGCGACGUAAACGCACACGAAAGCGCAAGAAAGGUGCAUACACAAAUGCCGAGCCGGGCCCCGAUCCGAGCAGUGACGCACAUCUCAACGACAGCGCCCAGAAAUCCAUUGCGUACGCACAGUGCUACCUCACCGACAAGUCCAAGUGGAAAUUUUCCAAGCCGCGGCAGAACUGGCUGCUCCGCCACAUGCUGUGGUCCGACGAGAUCCGCGCUGCAGCAAGUACACUUGCCGCAGUCGAAGAAAGCGAGCGCAACGCCGCGCUCUCCGAAGAUGCCCUCUCUAUGCUUGCUCCUGCCUUUCAGAUUCCCGAAGAGAGUGCGGUUGUGCCGGACAUCUACGUGCCUGUCGUAGCCGUCUACCUACAGAGUAUCAUGGGUCUUUCCAAGCAGCGCGUGAUCGAUGCACUCACAGUAGCAGCCGCAGCAUCGCUGCCGCCGCCGCCACCCGACGCAAGCGCAGAAAGCACCGAGGCGCAAGAGCUUCCUAAAGCUUACACAUGCGCCGCUGCUUGGUGCACGCUCCGAGCCGCGCGUGCACACGAGAUUUUGCAGUGGAUCCAGGCUCGCGAAACAGCGCCAUAA